CUUCUGCACGAAGUUCAGACCUGCCAAGUUUCGUUGACAGUACUGUACUCUAUGGUCUUCAGUGCAGUGUCAAUUUGAAAAGAUGGCGGCGUUUGCAUGUUUUAGUAACAGUACCGAAAAAACGACCGCUUCGUAUAAAGCGCUUAUACAACGGUUGAGAGAUGAAGGCCAGAAGGCGAUGGAAAACCAACCCCCGCUUGUUAGCAUCGCUAGUUUCAAAUAUUAUUCAGCUCAUAAGGAGGAGUCAAGUCAUAUCUUCAAAAAUUUCAUUUAUGACUUGAGAAUGAAGAUGUUGGAGAAUCAGUACAUCCUGAUCUGUGAUAACCCUACGCCGAUAUUUAAAUGUUUCGUCCGACUCAUUCAGCGCUUGAAACUAAAAGACGGGGCAGAAUCCAGCGCUUUUUACGGAGAAAUCAAAAAGAUCAUAACUGGUUUUAUGAAUUACUUCACAUUUGUAAUUGACGAUGUGGUGAAAAAAAUCGACAAGUAUACCCACAACUUGAAUAAUAAGCUUUUUAUAAACCUUAUUGAUGAUACUAUGGCAAUUUACGGGGAGAACCAUGCCGCUUUUCUUAAAGAAUAUUUGCCAUUAAGAAAUGAUGUAGAAAAGGCAAAUUACAAUCAAAUUAUAGAAGAGCAUGAUAAGUUUAUGGCCUUUCUAGAAAAAAUGAGACUGACGUGGGAGUUUAGACAAGACAAGUUUGAAGCAUUUGCGAAGGACUGCUUUCAGGGUUCCCUACAGAAAAUAAGUAAUUUGUGUAACUUUACGCAUUCUUAUUUGUCGAUCAUGUUGUCAGACAGAUUGUAUGAGAUAUCUGUGAGUCUGGGAGAGAUAGUAGACCGAAUGAAUACAAACUUGCGCAAAUACAACGAACAAUGUACGGAGAAGAUGAAUGAGCUCAUUCACAAUCUCUAUGACAAGAAUAAGGAACACCUGGAGAUAUACAGACGUCUAGAGAGAUGGUCCGUGGAUUCCGCUGAAGUUUCAAGAACUAUAGACGUCCUAAGAGAAAAGAUAGAGACAGCAGGCAAUGAGGAGACCAUAGCGAGACUGGAGUUGGAGACUCGGUACUGGAACAAAAGGAUGAGGGACUUCAACGAGAUCGCCACCACCCUGAUUAAAAUUCGCAUGGAACUAUACAAAUUACAGAAGGAUCUGGAAGUAUAUAAAAAUAUUACGUGCAAGGAUUUACCCGGCACAAAGACCAUGUGCUUCGAUCUGAUAGGCGAGAAUUUAACUGAGAGGAUUGCUUACCUUGAAGGAAAAGAAAAGGAUAUGUCCAGGGCCCUUAUAACAUACUUCUGUGUUCGAGGAACGGACCGCGUCCUAUAUACGGACAGUGUCGGCUCGUACUACUGCGAUGAGUUCAACCAUCAGAACUACAUCACUAAUUAUGGACUCAAGUUUUUCCAUGUUAACUGCAACGGAGAUUUUCUGGAGAACUUGGAGACGGAACCGUACUACUUUGACGAGCACGGUCGCUAUGUCGUAAGAGACGGUGAGAAGUUCCACCAGUGUGCGCCCUGCACCAGUCUGUACAAGAUGGGCGACAAUGGACUCUUCAAGAAGGUCACUAAGGACUGCGGCCAUUCGGAGAGAGUCAAUCCUAAUUGUCGACUGGAAAUCAAAGACUUGACCGAUGUGGUUAUAUUGCCUAAGAAUGAACAGAUUGAUAUUACUGGAACUCUGGACGGUGAUUCGGUGAAGUUCCUUUGGGACAGCUUCGGUAUGAUCCUGCCUGAAGUUCUGUACGCAGUCGCCACGAAACAGCCUAAGAACCCCAUACACUUUAUGGCUCAUAUACUGAUCAAGCGCAGAUUCGAAGCGACCAAGCAGGAGUUCGCUAGGCUGUCGAAGAAGGCGGACAAAUACCGCAUUAAGUUCCACGAAGAACGCAUUCAAAAAGCUGAAAAAGAGAGACAGGCAUGGAAAUCCAAGUUGUAUAGACCUGUUCAGGCUGGAGAACUGGAUGACACCCACCAACAAAAAACCACCAUGCAAAGAGUGCAUGAUUUGGAGUAUCUUAGUUUCCUACAACAAUAUUAUUAACUCCUAAAUAUAAAAUACAAUUUGUUUUAAAUACUUGGGAGCAAAGACACGCAGUAGCUAGCGACUUUUUUUCAAAUUAAAGAACUUGAAUAAAAAAUGUUCGUUUUACAAUAAAAUAUUAUCAUUUUAAAGGUAAUUAAAUAUGUAUACGUUACUAAUUAAU